AUGCAUCAACAUAUGACAGAUGCAGAUUCAAGUAGUCGUCGCGAAAAAACAUAUACGAUGUAUUCAAACGAGAAUGAACAUGUCGGGGAGCAACUGUUAGAAGACCAGAGAAAACGAACUAGAGAAGAUGAAACUAUAACUUCGGAUACGAAAAAAGCAAGUAUAGCCAAAACGUUUAACGUUUCCUUUGAUGAAUAUGUUGACUCCAGCGAAAAUGAUAGAAUUGAAAUUUCCGAUGAUUCUGAAGUUGUCGACGUGGAACCUUUGUCAGGCUGGGAAUUCGAUACACCGAUGCCAAGCUGGUUAAAAAAAGCGAUGGAUCGACACAAAACUUUAACAACCGCGCAGACAGAUCCUUCAGAAAAAUUCGAACUAGCAAAACAACCAAUUUGGUGGCGAAUCAUAGACGCAUCAGAUCCGAAAAUUGUACAGGAUUUCAUAUCCGAAGAAGAAUUUUCGGAACUUAAUGCCAUAUUUUCAAAUGUUCUUAAUAUUGGUCAUCAGAAUGAUUGGACAGUGUUAGAGCCUGUCGCUGAAAGAUGUUUGCAAUCCCUUGGCAAGUAUGAAGGAAUACAUGGGGCAGUUUGUAAACUUCGGAAAAUAAUCCAAAAUAUCGAAGAAUUGAACAUAGAAGAACCUGAUUUGUUUGAUGACGAACCCACAAAUAACAAAACACUAUCAUUCGUUCUUGAAGAGAAUGACUAUCUUGAUAAAGAGGCGGGAUACAUCUUAGAAUUAGUUCGUUACACGUGUGAAAUGUUAGACAAAGGAAUUCCGCAACGAAAAAACUCCGAAAGGGACAUAGAUAUGUUCAUCAAAAGACACAUUUUCGCUUGUUUCGACGAUAUUCUAGAUACACAUUUUGGAGAGAUGGUUUCUAGGUCAUCUCGAGAUCGACGAAGUGAAGCAACAGAUGCCCCAGAUAAAGUUGAAGGGUUUCACCUAGACUGGAUGUUCACGAGACAUGAUCUUGGAAAAGAUAUAUCAUAUGGCCGAGAAUUCUCCCUAUGUGAGCGUGCAGGCUCUAAAGUAGAUAACGACACCAAGAAUUUUUCAGACAUUCUUAAGGUCUUAAAAACACUUAGAGACAUGCAUAGAAGCCUAGUCAAAGCAAUUGCUAUCGAAAGUGGAGGAGCACUUUCAAAACAAGUUUUAAAUGCGUGCAAUAAAUUAAUUAUGCCCGGUUUCGCAUCAUCGUGGUUCUACCUUCGUGCUGUCCUUAUAAUAUAUGUAGGAGGCGGAUUCUACACAUCAUUUGAAUUGGGAAAGUUUGAUAUUCCUACUUCGUAUGAUGAAAUUUGGAAGCUAACUAAAAUUGCACGCAUUAUGUUGCAAAUUAAGGUUGGUAACAUCCCAUCCCAAUUCAGACUUAAGAUUUUACACUCACUUUCUUCAUCUUAUGACAUGCAGAAAUUGUUGCGUUUCACAGUUUCUCGAUUCAAGCGCAUUAUGGAAAGAGCCGAGAAAGAAAAAUUCCUUACCGGAAAAGUAACAAUAAUUGAGGCAAAGGAGCCCCGUACACCUAAUAAACCAAAAAAAAAGCGAAAAACCAAAGUUUGA